UUGCAGGUCACAGCUGGGCAGGCAGGGAUCCAGGCUGCCCCCUCUCAGCUGGGUUGGGUUGGACUCGAUGAUCUUUAAGCUCUUUUCCACCCGCAGCCAUUCCGUGUUUCUCUGUAGGUUCCCACCCCCAUCACCCCGCACUCAUCGUCCAUUCCUGUGGCCGUUCCGUCCCAUGAUCAGCUCGGUGCAGCCGUUCCCGUCCCGCACUGCCCGCCCGAGGCCGCGGGGCGGCGUUGCGGUGCGGCCAUGGCGGUGCUGGCAGUACUGGCUGUGCUGUCGGUGCUGUCGGUCGUUGCGGUCUCCGUUCUCUCGUGGGUUCUGUUUCCCCCCACCGACCCGCACCGCCCGCCCUGCAUCGGGAGCCGCGUGCCGUGCCUGGGGGCCGCCCUGAGCUUCGGCAGAGCGCCGCUGGACUUCAUCCAGAGAGCCAGGGCCGAGCAUGGGCCCAUCUUCACCGUGCUGCUCCUGGGGAAGCGAUUUACCUUUGUGACUGAGGACGAAGGAGCUGAAGUGUUUUUUACAUCCAAGGAUCUCAACUUUGAGCAGGCGAUACAGCGAGUUGUUGAGAAAGCAGUGUCUGUUCCCGCCGAAGCCUUCUAUGAGAAUCAUGGCAAGCUGUACAGCAUGAUGAAGGGGAAAAUGAAUCCCUCCAGUCUGUGCGCGUUCACGGGCACGCUGUGUAAGGAGCUGCACGAGCACAUGGCACAGCUGGGCACUGCGGGCAUGGGCGACCUCAUGGAGCUGGUGAGGCACAUCAUGUAUCCAGCAGUGGUGAACACCUUGUUUGGGAAGGGCACCUGCCCGACCAGCCAGAGCGAACUCAGGGAGUUUGAAGAACAUUUCUGGAAGUACGACGAGGACUUUGAAUAUGCUUCUCAGAUGCCAGAGUGCUUCCUGAGGAACUGGUCUAAAUCCAAAAAAUGGCUUCUAAAAUUAUUUGAGAAAGUAGUGUCAGACGCUGACAGAACCAACCCUUCGGAGACCACAUCCAAGACACUGCUUCAGCACCUCCUGGAUAACUUGCAAGGAAAACAUCUGGCUCCCAACUACGGCCUCCUGCUGCUCUGGGCCUCCCAGGCCAAUGCUGUCCCUAUUGCAUUCUGGACCCUUGUUUUCAUACUCUCUUCUCCUUCUGUUUACAAGAAAGUCAUGGAAGACCUGACUUCUGUUUUUGGCAGCUCAGGUAAGGAUGAAAUAGAAGUGUCUGAAGAGGACCUGAAGAACCUCCCCUAUAUUAAAUGGUGCACUUUGGAAGCCAUACGGCUGAGGCCUCCAGGUGCAAUCACCAAGAAAGUAAUAAAGCCCAUAAGAAUUCAGAGUUUCACCAUCCCUGCAGGUGACAUGCUGAUGCUGUCUCCCUAUUGGCUGCACAGGAAUCCAAAGUACUUUCCUGACCCAGAGAUGUUCAAACCUUUUCUUCCCACAGGAUCGUUGGAAAGAGGCAAAUUUAGAGAAGAAUGCUUUCUUGGACGGCUUUGUGGCAUUUGGAGGAGGGAAGCAUCAGUGUCCAGGAAGAUGGUUUGCUAUCAUGGAGAUCCAGUUGUUCGUCGUGCUGUUCCUGUACAAAUACAAAUUUGUGCCUUUGGAUGCAGUGCCAAAAGAGAGCCCUUUGCAUUUGGUGGGGACACAGCAACCCCUGACACCAUUCCGGGUCCAGUAUAAAUGCUGGGAAUGAAGGGAGCCCAGCACUCACUCACCUUUCUUUGCCUGGAUGAAUGGUCGGCUGGGCUGCUUCUCUGCUCUACGCAUUCAAACAAGUUCUCUGCUGUUACAGUUCUUAAUUCCAGCUUUAAAUUCUGUACACACUGUGUUGCAAUAUGCCAUGACAACGCAGGCUUAUCUAUGGUCGUCUUCCCGACUGCCUGCCUCCUAGCACUGAAGAAUCAAGCUCUCUUGCCAAAUGAGUCACAGUCUAACUGAGGUGCUAAACUCACCAACCAGACGGUCAGGACAAAACACUGCGAUGUCUGAACGUCCUGCAUGGAAGCGUUGCCAGAAGCAACAGAGGGGCAGGUUGCUGCUUCCUGCAGGUGUCUUCAAGCCAAGGCCAAAGCUGCAGGCGUGACACACAGCCGGGCUGCUGCUCCACUGGAGCACCUUCCAUCUCUGCUGUGUUUGAUUUGCUCACAACUGGUCCUGGCAUGAACACGCAGUGAAAGCUGGAUGGUGGUGGUUGGCCCCAGUGCAGAGUGACUGCAAGAAAAGCCAUUGCUGAUCAUUACUUUGCUGGUCUGGAGAUGAAAACCUUUUAAUUUUUUAACAUGAUUUACAGAACACAUUAAUAAAUCUCAAACCAUUCAAUUCUAAGAAGAUUACCUCGUAAAUGUUGCUCAAGGAAACUCACAAGUAAUUAAGUUCAGCUCCCAACACUUUAACCGCUGUCGGAUUUCAUAUGCAAUAAUAGCAGGCAUGUAUUUUUAGUCUUCUGAGUAAAGAUUAUUCAUCAUUUCAUAAGUGC